AUGCAUGCCACGUGCGGCGCCAUCAAUACGCACGCAGAACUGCCCCUGCACUUCGAUCCAGUUGGCCGGAGAACGCCAAGCCGCUUCUCCUCUGGUGUCAAUGCGGCUCGCAGCUCGACGCACGCAAAGGGCGUAGACACAUCCCAUCUGGACGACUGGCUCAUGCAGCAACAGCAACUUACUGGGGAUCAGGUGGAACAACGGGACGAAGAUUACGAACUAACGACCAGCACCGUCACAGCUGCGUGCCGUUCGUCAUGCGGCGGCGACCGCGAUGAUGUAUCUUCCUCAUCGCCGCGACCUUCCGUAGCGGCGCUAACAGCAGCUAUGGCAGCAGCGGGCACCUUGCCGCUCGAUCCGUGGGUCAAGCCCGUGUCUUCUAAGAAAUCUCGGUCCGGUCCAAGGCGCUCGUUUUCGCCGGUUCAGGGGCCAGUCGGCGCCAACGGAACAACGCCGCGCCGUGGCGGGAGGAUCGGGACCACGCCGAGGAGUCGAACCCUCAGCUGUGGCAGGUCUGGGGCGGCAUUGGCAGGGACGGCAUUCUCAUCGCCCACCCCAACUGCUGCCGCCCGGGCCGCCGCUCCUGACGCCCCGCUUCUAGUUGGCUCUUGUCCCCGCCGGCGGCUAGAUAGCUCCCGUCGCCGGAGGGUGUCGGCGGCCACGGCGGCACGCGGGAUAGAUGCCUGUGGAGCUGGGAUGCCUAGGGCCCGCAGCGCCAGUGGCCAGCGGCGAAACCUCUUAGAGGAGCUGAAGCAACACUCGCAACCGCAACACCUGGUGAGCGCAACAGCGACUUCCCCGGAGCCGAAGCCGGAACACCAGCAGACGUCGCCUAGCCGGCCGGCACAUGCGACAACGUCUGCCUCACACUCUCCUGCCGCUGGAAGCCCUAGACCUUGGGCGGGGCUGAGUCCUGAAGCAGAACAACUCCCCGUGCGCAGCUUCUUCGGCUUGCGUUCCCAUGGUCACUUCGGCAUCCGGUGCCAAGAUGCUCUGGGAGCAGGAACGUGGAGCUACUGCUGCAGCAAGCGGUACUGGCUGCAGCCCGAGGCCAGUGAUUGGGCGGCGUGGCUGGCUUCGACGCUUGCUACGGCCAACGGUGGCAGCGUUGCCGGCGUGGGCAGCUGCGGCUGCGAUUUCAGCACCGGCAGCUUCAGCGACAUGGGCAUUGUGGACGCCUCUUUGGGUGGCGUGGCUCCUUCUUCCCCUACCGCCUGCCCGACAGGCUGUUGUUUAGAGGGCAGCCUCGGCGCUGUCCCCGAAUCUGCAGUCAUGGUACACGGCGGUACCGAUAGCGGAGGUGGAAGCCUGGCCAGCAGCAGCGACAUUAGUUUAGUAAACCCCGUCUAUGUCGCCGCCGCCACCUGCACGCAACCCAAAAGGGGAAGCUGCCCCGUCCCAGCUGCAGCGGCGCCUACAGUUGCAUUCCCUUCAUUCAAAACAAGCCCGCCGCAGCUAGAAACGGCAUUCCUGGCAACUUCCCCCCUGCUACCUUUCCUUGGCGGUUGCGAGAGCACCUCUGACGCCGUUGUACGGCAGCUCGUCGCAAUCGUACAGUCCCAGGCGGCACAAAUCAAGAACCUACACAGCUGUUUGGCCGCAUCCGGAGCACCGCCGUUGCCACCGCAGCAACAACUGCAGCAGCAGCAGCAGCAAGAGGAAGGCGGGCGCAAGGUGCAGCAACUGCAGCAGCAGCAGCAGCAACCGUGCAGCGAUCCUGGCCCGGACGAGGCUUCAGCCGGGCACCGGGGACUAACUUCGGUUGGAAGCUGGAUGGGAGAGAAGUCCGGGGCUGGGCUCGGCAGCCGUGGUGGGUCCGAAACCGGGGCAGGUUGCGGCCUUGGAAAUGCAGCGGGAGGGGGCUCCCUUGGUCAGCAGCUGGUGCCGCUUCGCAGCAGCUGCAGCAACAGUGCUCACUACCAUGACAGCGUAGGGAGCUUGCGUAGCUCCCGAGGGGUGCUGGAGCUGAUGAGCAGUGCGGCGGACGGAGGUGGGGAUGCAGCUCGCAGCGGAGCUAAGGACAGAGCUGGCUUGCCGGCGUGCCCCAUGUCAAAAAGCGUUGGGCAAGGCAGCCAGGGCGGCAAGGAACGAGGCGCUGACGGGGGCCACGACUCCAAUGUGAACACCGCCGACCUGAUCAGCCUUGACGACUGGUGGAUUUUUGAAAAAAGUGGACGAGAAGAAGGCGGCAUAGCCGAUGGCGGCGGGUGUCCCAGCGCGGCGGCGACCAUAGUCGGUGCCAACCAACAUCACCAGUCGCUGCCGAAUUCACAUCAAUCCACCCAACCGCCGAGGAAACGCCCGCAUCCUGACUCGCUGCUUGACGCGCCACACCUCCCAGCGGAUGGCGGCGCAGCUGCCAUGAGCCCCUCUGCUGGGCAGCCGGAGGCACCGGCAGGGUUGCUGGACUUGGAUAUUUUGCUUGAAGCUCUCUGGGCUGCACGUGGCGAAACGGAGCCGGCAGCAGCCUUGACGCUUACGCGUCCACUGGGGAAGGCGGAGGCGAAACAGGAAAGUCUCGGUGCUAAAGCAGCAGCAGCAGCAGAAGAAGAAGAAGAAGAAGAAGAAGAAAGGUAUCCCAAAGAGCGGGACAGCGGAGGCGUCCAGGAUCGUUGGGAUCAUCGCAGCGGGACCGGAGCCGGCUCCUUGGUGCGGGUGCCACUGAAUGCAGGAAAUGAGGUGCAGACCGGCGGCUGCAACCUGCCGCAGCCGCUCUACUGCUCUACCGACCAGGAACAGAAACCUCCUCAGCCGGAAUCCCCCGGAGGCCAGCAGGUGGAUCGACAAGGUCAGCAACGCCAGGAACAGGGACAGCGGCAAUGUAAAGAACAGGGGGAAGAAGCCGAGAAAAGCGGGGGACAAAACCGACAACAGGAGCACCAGCCAGAGCAGCCUGGCGAGGAGACGAUCUGCCACCAACACCACCAACACCGGUCCUCUUUCCGGGGGGCCCCGGAGCAGCGAUGCACAAUCGUGGACCCCGUCUGCAACCAACACAUGGCGCUUGUACAGGACCACCAGCACCCCCUGCAGUCUGAUCGCGCCGGCAGCAUAGAACAGGAGCAGAGGUUGCAGCAGCUCGCGGGUCACCUGCAUCAGCUGCACCCGCAGGAUCCGGACCUGGGGCUGCUCCAGGAGCUGCGGGCUUCACCGCCGCCGCAACCGCAGGCCUCCUGGGAUUCAAUUUCUGAGGCUUCUCUUCGUCUGGAGGUAGAUGAGCUGCGAUGUCGACUGGCGCAGUUGGAGUUCGCAGCCACACAGCAGCGACAGCUGCAGACGCAGCAGCUGCUGCUCCUGCACACGAGGAGCCACGGAGGUCAACCGCCGCCGUCGUUGUCACCCCAGCAGCUGCGCGAACAGAGCCAGGAACAUCAGCAUCAGGAACGGCAGCAGCAGCAACAACUACCAGUUGAGUAUGGUGCGGCUUCACCAUCGCCGCUGGACUCCCAGCAGGUUCCCCAGCAGCCGGGGGCCGAACCUCAGCAACAGCGUCAGCAGCAGCAGCAGCAGCAACAACAAAUCCAGCAGGAGGAGCGCAGGCGGCAGUUCUCCCAGGGGCCGUCCUUCCAGGGGACGAAGGAGCAGAAGGGCGAGGAGCAGGACAGGAGGAUGGAACAGCAGCAGCAGGAGCUCCAAGGGGAUAGGUUGGACGCACUGGCCCGUGAGGUGGCGUCGAUACAGCAGCAGCUACGACAACAGGAAUACGGCAACCGGGAGGUGCUGGACCAGCUGGCCAGGGGCUUGGAACAUAUGGCCACUUGCUUGCUGUCUGUGCUGCGACCGCUACCGCCGCCACAAGUGGACGUGGCCACCGUGGCGGCUGCGGCGGGGGCGUCGGCUUGGACGAGCAACUGUAGCGACAGGUUUGGAACAGGGGCGAGCGGCAACCAGUGUUCCGCCAUGGCUGCCGCAGUGACGUCACCACCACUGCGGCCCUGCGCCCGUGCACUGCUCAAUGGGCCGCCAGCGGUAUCGCCGCGCGUUGACGAUGCACGGCGGCAGCUGCGCGCGCUGCAGGAGGAGAUGCGGCAAAUGCGGGCUAUGAUGGCAGCGCAGGUGGUUGUCGCCGCAGUGGCCACGGCGACGGCAUGCACUGGUGGCGGCAGCAGCGGGCAGGGACAGGGGCCGCGGCAGCGCGAGGGGACGCCUCCAUGGGUGACGGCCGCGAUGUUACACAGGGCUGCUGCUGCUGGCAGCUCAGCUGGGGACCCGUGUGCACGCAUCUUCGCGCACAUGCGUGCGCAGCAAGGUUGCGAAUUGCAGCAGCAACAGCAGGCGCAGCACCAAUUGCAAGGGGAGCUGCAGCUGCAGGUGCAGCAGCUGCAGAGGGAGGUUUCGGAGCUGCGCAAGGGCGAGGCCCUCACGGUGGAGGCCCAGGAAGCCCUGGUGGAUUUUGUCAAUGACAUGUGGCGACAUCUAGAUGAGCUGAGGACGAGCAUGGUGCCCGCUCCCUUUGUUCUAGCCGCAGCUGUGGCUGGAACAGCAGCAGGGACAGCAGCAGCAGGAGGAGGGGGAAGACCAGGAGUAUGUCUCAGGGCAGCCAACCAGCAGCCACCUCCGGACAAGGGCAUCCGGGAGCAAUAUCAGCCCCGUGAGCAGCAGCUUACUGACAUGGGGCUCGAGGAUCAACAACGGAACGAGCAACAUGAUCAGCAGCACCAGUUGCAGCAGCCGCAUCCAGACCAGCUGUCAGAGAUGGUUGCAAUUAUCCAGAGCGUCAAUUCCAUGUUAAGUGGCAGCCUUAUGCAGGCGGUUGAGAAGAUUCAGUCACAGGGCGAGGAAAUUGAGGAACUCAAAAGGUGCAUGGCGCAUGUCACUGGCCUGCGAAACGGUCUGCAGCUGUGA